GGUGGCGUCUGCUGGUGAGAAACACCUAGUACAGGUGAAAGGGUGGCGGUGAGAGGGAGUUCCAACCGGCUGAGUUCUUAAAGCCAUGAAGACACAAGAAAAAUAACAAGGAGUGGCCGACAGGAGUCUUUUGGAUUUGCCUGGAGCUCCACCUUCGGCCAGAGGAAAAGCCCCUCGGGACCGAGGCGGGAGCAUCAGACAAGCGCGAGAAAAGCGCCUGUGCGCGCUCCACCUCUACGCAGCGGGUGCGGGGCGGCGACCUGUCCUUUGGGCUGGCCAUGGCGUCUGCAGGACCUGUGCGCUCCGGGAGCCCAGCCCUUGGCCUUCCGCACCUACUGACCCUAGCGAUCCUUGCACUUGCCUGUGACGCGUGUAAAGAAGUGAUCCUUCGGGUUCCCUCUCAACUACCUGCUGAGAAAUUUGUUGGCCGAGUGAACCUGAAGGACUGCCUGAAAUCGGCAAAUCUAAUUCAUCUGAGUGAUCCUGAUUUUCAAGUCUUUGAAGACGGUUCUGUGUACACAACCAAUUCUGUUGCUUUGUCCUCGGGCCAAAGAAGCUUUACUAUAUGGCUUUUCAACACGGACAGCCAAGAAGAAAGAGAGCUGUCUGUCCACUUAGAGGGCCCAGUAGAGGUACUAAAUAAAAGACUGCAUGCGGAGAAAGUUCUCAGUCGUUCCAAGAGAAGAUGGGCUCCUAUCCCCUGUUCCAUGAUGGAGAAUUCCUUGGGUCCCUUCCCACUUUUUCUUCAACAGAUCCAAUCUGAUUCCGCUCAAAACUACACCAUAUACUAUUCCAUCAGAGGCCCAGGAGUUGAUAGAGAACCUCUAAACUUAUUUUAUGUAGAAAGAGAUACAGGAAACCUGUAUUGCACUGGUCCCGUGGAUCGUGAGCAGUAUGAGUCCUUUGAGCUGACGGCGUUUGCAACAACUCCAGAUGGGUAUACGCCUGAGUACCCGCUGACCCUCAUCAUUAAGGUAGAGGAUGAGAAUGACAACCACCCGAUUUUUACAAAGACAACAUACAGUUUCACAGUUUUGGAAAGCAGUGCAGUUGGCUCCGUCGUCGGGGAGGUCUGUGCGACUGACAGGGACGAGCCUGAUACCAUGCACACGAGGCUGCGGUACUCCAUCCUGGAGCAGUCGCCUUCGCCGCCCACUUUGUUUACCAUGCAUCCCACUACGGGUGUGAUCACGACCACAUCGUCUCAGCUGGACAGAGAGUUAAUUGACAAAUACCAGUUGAAAAUAAAGGUACAGGACAUGGAUGGUCAGUAUUUUGGUUUGCAGGCAACAGCAACCUGCAUCAUUACUGUUGGAGAUGUGAAUGACAACCCGCCAACCUUCACUCGCGCUGUGUAUGAGACAUCAGUGGAAGAAAAUGCAGUUGAUGUGGAAAUCUUACGACUUACUGUCCAGGAUAAAGAUUUAGUUAACUCUCCUAACUGGAGAGCUAAUUACAGCAUCUUAAAGGGCAACGAAAACGGAAACUUCCAAAUUGUAACAGAUCCCAAAACCAAUGAAGGCAUUCUGCGUGUGGUUAAGCCUCUGAACUAUGAAGAACGAGAACGGGUGAGCCUCCAAAUUGGGGUAGUUAAUGAAGCCCCAUACACUAGAGAGGCUAGUGCAAGGUCACCCAUGAGCACAGCUACAGUGACUGUCACCGUGAAAAAUCUGGAUGAGGGCCCUGAGUGUAUCCCUCCAGUGCAAACUGUGCGGAUUCGAGAAAAUGUGCCAGUUGGGACCAGAAACAAUGGGUAUACAGCGUACGACCCUGAGACCAGAAGCAGCAGUGGCAUCAGGUACAGGAAGUUAAGUGACCCAAGAGGGUGGGUCAUGGUUAAUGAAGACUCAGGAUCAAUCUCCAUUUCCCGAACCUUGGAUAGAGAGGCUGAAACCAUCCGAAAUGGCAUCUAUAAUAUUACUGUCCUUGCAUUAGAUGCAGCUGGGAGAAGCUGUACCGGAACUCUGGGAAUUGUUCUUGAAGAUGUGAAUGACAACGGCCCCUUCAUACCCAAGCAGACGGUGGUCAUUUGUAAGGCCACCAUGUCCUCCGCUGAAAUUGUUGCAGUAGAUCCCGAUGAGCCAGUGAACGGCCCACCAUUUGAUUUUAGUUUGGAGAGUACAGAUUCAGAAGUAAGGAGAAUGUGGAGAUUGACAAGGAUUAACGAUACAGCAGCUCGUCUGUCCUAUCAGAAUGACCCUUCAUUCGGAUCCUACGCAGUUCCUAUCCGAGUUACAGACAGACUCGGUCUGUCCUCAGUCACUUCACUGACUGUCCUCAUCUGUGACUGCAUCACUGAAAGUGACUGCACAGCCCGCUCAGGAGAAAGGACAGGCUAUGCCGACGUGAGACUCGGACCAUGGGCUAUUCUUGCUAUACUGUUGGGCAUAGCCUUGCUGUUUUGUAUCCUGUUUACGUUAGUCUGUAGUGUCUCCCAGGCAACGAAGCAACAAAAAGUUCUUCCUGAUGAUUUUGCGCAGCAGAACCUAAUUGUAUCCAACACCGAGGCUCCUGGAGAUGACAAAGCUUAUUCCGCAAACGGCUUCACAACUCAAACUGUGGGAGCUUCUGGGCAGGCAGCUGUGGGAAUGUUGGGAGCAGGAGCCAAAGGCGGAGGGCAAGAGACCAUUGAGAUGGUGAACGGAGGACACCAGACCUUAGACUCCUGCCGCGUGGCCGGCCAUCACCACACCCUGGAUCCCUGCAGAGGAGGACACGUGGAGGUGGACAACUUCAGAUACACUUAUUCCGAGUGGCACAAUUUCACGCAGCCCCGACUUGGUGAAGAAACCAUUAGAGGACACAGUCUGAUUAAAAAUUAAACAAUGAAAGAAGGUGCAGUUGUGCCACGAGAAUGACAAUCAGACGCUCGCUCAAGACUACGUCCUCACGUACAGCUAUGAAGGAAGAGGCUCAACCGCUGGCUCUGUAGGUUGCUGCAGUGAGCAACCAGAAGAAGACGGACUUGAGUUUUUGGAUCAUUUGGAGCCUAAAUUUAGGACAUUAGCAGAAGUAUGCACAAAGAGGUGAAGGACGCCUACCGGGGUAACCAAACUAAUGGAAUUAUUACUUUUUCCUACCUACUUUUAAAUAUAAACUAGGGUUUUUCAAAAAAGAAGAUAUUGUAUUUGGGGCUCCCCCCGCAGCCUGCCUUGGUCUGCAGAAUCUCCAGAAAUGCAGAUUUACAGAAAGACCUUGGACUUCAGUAUAUUUUAACUUGAAAACCGUUCUGCAUGGGUUUUAAUUGUUUCCUUCUUACCCAGGUGUCAUCUACAGGUGGAACUUUAAGGAAAUCUACAUUACUGCUUACAUUGGGCACAAUGACAUCAACCAACUUAUUGCGCAAUAAAAUUUAAUGGGUCUGAAUCUAUUUAUGGACUACUUGACCUAUACCCCAACUGGAGACUGUAGAAACCGUUAUUUCCAGUUAAUGGGUUAACUGAUUUUUUUCCAUAUGGUGCUUGGAAACUGCUGUUUUCCCAAACAUUCUAAACUGUAUAUUCUGUGUCUUACAUUUGUUUUAUUCUCGUAGCAUGGCUUGACUUUAUAGGACAAACGUAGACUGCCAGGCAGCCAUUGAGUGUGUUUAUAGUUCCAUUCGGUUCUAUUCUGGGUGAAAUCCUACACUGAAUCUACAUCUCCUUUGUAUUGACUUUGUUAGUUAAAUUUAGACUUCAAAAUUUCUUUAAAAUGUAUUUUUGUUACUCUUGCAAGGUUUUUUUUGUUUGUUUUUUUGUUUUCUGUGAAAUGCCAAAUAGUCUACAUUCCCAUCCCCUCUCCACUUCCGUUUUUUCCCUCUCCUGUUGAUUCUGAAACUUGUACUUGGAUUGGAGAAUCCAAAAGUUCUCAAACAUUGUCUUUUUUCAUAAAAUGGUUUUUCUUUGGUAUGUAAGCAUGUGCAUUAUCAGUUUUCUUAAGGUCAAUGUAAUAGCAGCUUUGUUUUGGAAUAUUUGGUAAUUGCUUCAUUUCUGUCCUUAGUGAAGAAGUUUUAAUUUUUCCAUUGAAACUAAGACUCUUUCAUGAUCUGUUAAAAACAACAGUCUAUAUAA